GGGGUGGGGUGUAACUAAUACGGCUCAGGUAAGAAGCUGCCAUGCAUCACUAAUGAGAGUCUCAGGCAAAGGCUUGCAAGUUCUAAAGCUUCAGGUGCUGUUGUUAGAAACCCUAGAGUUCCUUUUUGAACUACUUUAUUACUUAACUAUCUUUACUAGAAUUUGAGUGCACUACAAAUACGCUUAUUUCUAAGAUGACAUCUUAGUAAAGACCAACAAUUUGGUUAUAUUUUAGGGAGAAAGGCUACACUGAAAUGAACAUUGUGAGAAAACUCAAAUUAAUGAUACCUUGGAAUAUAUUCUUACUUCGCAUACUGCUGUUUUCAUUACAAGGAUAUAUUCGUGCAUCAGUUAUCUUGACAAGAACAUCACAAAACGGGUUUAAUGAAAAUCAACAGAAAAGAGCUCUUUUAGCAGCACAGUUUGAAGCAAGUUCUCCAAGGUAUUUUUUCCAUGAUGCUAUUCAUUGGGGUGAGAGCAAAAUAAAAGGUUCUUGUCCUCAUGAAUGCCUUAACGGAGCUUUCUGUUCUAAGACUGGUACAUGUGAUUGUCAAAUAUUUCAGGCUCUUGGGACAAGGUGCCAGAUUGUCCCAAACAUGGGCAGUGGCAGAGAUGGGAUUUGCAAAACCUGGGGACAGUACCAUUUUGAAACAUUUGAUGGCAUCUACUACUACUUUCCAGGAAACUGUUCUUAUAUUUUUGCAAAAGACUGUGGAAAUUUGGAGCCUCAAUAUACUGUCUGGGUUCAUAAUAGCCCUAAAUGCCUUGGUUCAGUGUAUUCUUGCUAUCGGUCAAUCAGCUUGUUCUUUUCAAACCAAGAGGAAAUACGAAUUUAUGGUCACGAAAUAAAAAAAGAUGGAAUCAGUUUAACAUUGCCUCAGACAUUUGGACAAGUUGUCAUUGAGAAACUAGCUGACUACAUUUUAGUGAAAACAACCUUUGGCUUUUCAUUGGCUUGGGAUGGGAUAUCUGGAAUUUACCUCAAGUUGUCUGGGGAGCAUAAGGGGAAACCAUGUGGCCUGUGUGGGAACUACAAUGACAUUCAAUCUGAUGAUUUCAUAAUCCUACAAGAGGACUAUACAGAAGACAUUGCUACGUUUGCGAAUAGUUGGUCAGUGCAAACACCAGAUGACACUAAAUGUAUACCCACACCAUCAGAUUUUCCAAAUCCAUGCUCUAGUGGAAUGCCAGCAUUUGAGGCAAUCUUCUUCAAGUGCCAGAUACUGUUGCAAUUCCCUUUUCUGAGCUGCCAUGAAUAUAUUGAUCCAUACUUAUAUAUUGCCAGCUGUGUUAAUGAUCUUUGCAAAACUGAUGAUGAUGAAACCUAUUGUCGGGCAGCCACUGAAUAUGCCAGAGCCUGUUCACAUGCUGGCUAUCCUAUUCAGGACUGGAGAGAUGACUUUCCAGCAUGCAUUGAUAAAUGUGAUGAUAGUUUUGUCCAUCGGGAUUGUAUCAGUUGUUGCCCACCCACCUGCACAUUUGAUAAACAAUGUCUUGGGAGCAAUCUCCAUUGUCUCGACGGAUGUUACUGCCCAGAUGGCCUCAUAAUGGAAAAUGGAACUUGCAUCUCCUUGGAAAAUUGUCCGUGUACUUUUCAUGGAUUAGCUUAUUCAGUUGGUUCAAAAAUUGAACAAGAAUGUACUGAAUGUGUAUGUGUUGGUGGAGUUUGGAACUGCACUGAACAUGAUUGUCCAGUUCAAUGCUCUGUUGUGGGUGAUUCUCACUUUACAACUUUUGAUGGUCGACAUUAUUCUUUUAUUGGCAUGUGCCAGUACAUCCUUGUGAAAGGAACUGGAAAAGAUAAAUUCACGAUCACGUUACAGAAAGCUCCCUGUGAGCAGAAUCUUGGCUUGAUCUGCCUUCAGUCUAUAACUCUAAUUCUGGAGGAUGAUUUUAACAAGCAAGUGACUCUCAGCAGGGGAGGACAAAUCCUCACCAGUCCUAACCAAGGCUUCAAUCUGAAUGGAAUUGUUGAAAUUCAAACUCUGUCAUCCUUAUUUAUUCUUCUAAAAACCACAUUUGGUUUAAAGAUUCUGUUUGCUAUAGAUGGGGAAAGAAUUUAUAUUCAGCUCACUAGUGCAUGGAAAAGGAGAACAUUGGGUCUGUGUGGCACUUUUAAUGGGAACAUAAGGGAUGAUUUUCUCUCUCCUUUUGGCAUGAUAGAAGGAACCCCACAACUUCAUGCAAAUGCAUGGAGAGUUUCCACCACCUGUUUUGCACCUGUGCAUGUCCCUAUGGUAGACCCCUGUAACAUUAAUCAACAAAACAUUGGGUAUGCAGCACAUUGUGAUGUCAUCCACCAGGAACUCUUUGCUCCUUGCCAUGUCUACAUUAGCCCUGGACUGUACUAUCAGCUAUGCCGCCAUGAUGCAUGCAAGUGUGGAAGUGCCUGCCUAUGCAAUGCCCUUUCUCAUUAUGCCUACCUCUGUGGCCAGCGUGGUAUUCCCAUCGAUUUUAGAGCUCAAAUUUCAUUCUGUGCCGUGGUGUGCCAGAAGGGGAUGCUGUACCAUCUCUGUUCCUCCUUUUGCCGCCGUUCCUGCACUUCUCUCUCUUUGCCAGAGCAGUGUAAUGACGACUGUGCUGAAGGCUGUAACUGUCCUGAAGGCAAAUUCUAUGAAGACACGCUUAACUUCUGUGUGCCUAUAUAUCACUGCAGGUGCCACUACAGGGGCAGUGUUUAUCAACCUGGAGAGCUCAUCCCAACCCCCACUGGCUUAUGCCAGUGUUCAAAUGGAACCAUAGAAUGUGAUGAAUUAGCAACGCCCUCUCCUGUUCAUGUCUGCCCAGAGGGAAAACAGUACUUUGACUGCAGGUUUCCUGACCCUGACUUACCAGCUGGUGGUGUAAAUUGUGAGACUACAUGUGCAAAUCUGGCCAUGAACUUCACGUGUGCCCCAUCCUCCCCUUGUAUAAGUGGCUGCGUUUGUGCUCCAGGGAUGGCAGAGCACAAAGGAAAAUGUUAUGUUCCUGAGAGCUGUCCAUGUAUCUGGAAGGACUGGGAGUAUCUCUCUGGAGAAGUGAUUGCUACACCAUGUUAUACCUGUGUCUGUCGACGAGGAAUGUUCAAUUGCACAUAUUAUCCAUGCCCUGCGGUGUGCACAAUAUAUGGGGACCGGCAUUAUCAUUCUUUUGAUGGACUGGAAUAUGACUAUAUCAGUGAUUGCCAGGUUUUUUUGAUCAAGAGUACAGAUGAUGCAGAUAUAUCUGUCAUUUCCCAGAAUAAGAAAUGUUUUGACAAUGAUAUUGUUUGUUCCAAAAGUGUUUUGAUUUCAGUUGGGAAUACUGAAAUUUACUUGAAUGAUGCGCCUUACAAACAGAAACAAUCAGGUUUCCUUCUGGAAAGCAAACCUACACACCAGCUUUGGAAGGCUGGGUACUACACAGUAGUGUACUUUCCAGACCAAGAUAUCACUAUUCUUUGGGAUAGGAAGACAACCAUUCACAUCAAAGUUGGACCCCAGUGGAAGAGCAAACUAUCAGGAUUGUGUGGAAACUUUGACAAAUGUACUUCAAAUGAUAUGACCACAUCUAAUAAUUUGGAAGUAAGAAAUGCUCAGGUGUUUGGAGAUAGCUGGGCAUUAGGACAGUGUGAAACUCCAGAAGAAACCAUGAGGCCCUGUGAGGCACAUCAAAACAAAUUUCCUUAUGCCAAGAGAGAAUGCUCCAUUUUAUACAGUGAUGUUUUUGCUCCUUGUCGCAAUGUGAUUGAUGUUACAUCUUUUGCCAAAAACUGCCAUGAAGAUACGUGUCAAUGUAAUCUUGGUGGGGAUUGUGAAUGUUUGUGCACUAGCAUAGCAGCAUAUGCAUACAAGUGCUGUCAGGAAGGCGUGUCAAUUCACUGGAGACCAUCUACUGCCUGUUCACUUGACUGUGAAUAUUACAAUGAAGGACUUGGAGAGGGACCAUACAUGCUAGCAAGUUAUGGAGAGACUGGCCUUAUUAUGGGGGCCAAUAUGACCAGUAGAAGCAUUUUCUCUUUGCCAAGAAGUAGCAUUCAUGGAAAUUUGGUUUUUAAUUUUAUGAUUACCCCAGGUCUUUUCAAAGAGAAGGUAUCAUCAUUGGCACUUGUUUCCUUGGAAUCUGCUGAAAGGCCAAACUACUUUCUCUAUGUCCGUGACAAUGACGCUCUUAGUUUGGAACUGUGGGAGGCAAAUUCAGCCUUUCAGCGGAGAGCAACGUUCUUCCACCAUCAGGGUCUCUGGAUUCCUGGCUACAGUGCCUUUGAAUUAUACAGCAAGAAAGGCUUUUUCAUCGCAUUCACAGAGUCUAGCGUCAAAGCGUCAAAAUAUGAUGAUUCUGAAGAAUUUAAACAUGCAAGUAGCUUCAGCAUAGAAGAAAUCCAGGCAGCUGUGCCUUACAGGAGAAUGUGUGAAUGGAGAUAUGAACCUUGUGCCACUCCUUGCUUUAAAACCUGCAGUGACCCGGAAGCACUAGCAUGUAAAUUUCUUCCACCGGUUGAAGGAUGCUUACCCUACUGCCCUAAAAGUAUGAUCCUUGAUGAAGUCACCCUGAAAUGUGUUUAUCCAGGAGACUGCAUCCCUUUGAUUCCCACAGAACCAGCACUGAUGCCGCCAGAAAUGAUUACUCCAUCAGAAAUUACCGUGUUUGACAUGCUGACACCAACAACAGGUUUGGAAUGUGAGCCUCUGCAGUUUGAUCCAGUUUAUAAUUGCAGCCAAUACAUAUGCCUUAAUAUGGAAUGGACGUUUUACAACUGGUCUCUUAAUUGCCCAAAGGACUUGGAGAUGCCUGACUGUGGUUUCCGAGGAAGGCCUGUUCAAGUGAACAGUGAUAUCUGCUGCCCCGAGUGGGAAUGCCCUUGUCGAUGUUCCAUGUUGUCAGAACUGAGCAUUAUCACAUUCGAUGGGAACAAUGCAGCAUUAUAUAGCAUGGCUUCUUACAUCCUAGUGAGAAUUCCUGGGGAAAUUAUAGUUGCUCAUAUUGAAAAAUGUUCCAUGAAUCAGAAUGGAAACUCAUUUAAAAAGCUAGCUUCCACUGUAAGAAUCUCUGGACUUUGUUUUAAAAAGUUAAAUGUGACAACAUCUAUACAUAAAAUACUUGUCAAUCGGAUAGCAAGAAUGGUAGAAGUAGAUACUAUUGCUGUACCUUUGCCAUUUUCAAAUCAUGAUCUGUCUAUAGAGGAUUCUGGUACAAUGUACGUUAUUACUACUCCAGCUGGACUGGUCAUAAAGUGGGCUCAUCUUACAGGAAUCCUAGACAUUCAUUUUGGUUUCCGAUUUAAUUUGUCAUCCUACACAGAAGGACUUUGUGGAAUUUGCAAUGAUGAUCCAGAUGAUGAUAUAAGGAUGCAAAAUGGCACAAUCAUUACGAACAUGGAAGAUAUAGCAUUAUUUAUUGAGAGCUGGGAAAUUGAGAAAUCAUUUGAAGUGACAACAAGGAGACCUUUUAGGAAUUGUACUGAGUAUAAUUGCAGUCACUGCAUUGAUUUAUUAAAUAGAAGAGUUUUCAUUCCAUGCCAUGAUAAAGUUUCACCAAAGGACUUUUGUGAAAAGAUGUGGAUCAAUUAUACCUAUUUUUGGAACUAUGAGUGUGAUGCACUUUCUGCCUAUGUAGCAUUGUGCAAUAAGUUUGACAUCUGUAUUGAGUGGAGAACACCUGAUUAUUGCUCUCUGAGUUGCCCAGAGGAAAAGGAAUAUCAACCCUGUGUGCAACCCUGUGAAGCACGAACAUGUCUGAACAGAUGGUUCUAUGGACACUCCUCAUGUGUGCAUUUAAGAGAAGACUGUGUGUGCAAAAAUGGAACAAUUCUUCACAGGCCAGAUUCAAGUCGGUGCAUUCCAGAAGAAGAAUGUGCAUGCACUGAUCGUGAGGGCCAACCCCGUACUGCUGGGGAGAUUUGGAAUGGGGGUGUUGACGAGUGCGCCCUGUACAAGUGUUUGGAGAAUGGAAGCAUUAUUCCCAUAGAACCCGACUGUGAUGAGGAGCCCUCACCAGUGUGUCAACGAGAAGCUGAAGUCGUCAUGAAGAUCACUGAUAAGUUGACUUGUUGUUCAAAGGAAAUUUGUGGGUGUGACAUGACUUUGUGUGAAACUACCAUUCCAACAUGUACCGACAGUCAAAAAUUGAUUAUAGGACACAGCCCUCUUUCAUGCUGCCCACAGUACAAAUGUGAAUGUGACCCCUUCAAAUGCCCCAAUAUUUCAACACCAGGAUGCAGAGAAGAUCAAUUCAUGAUUCAAGUUCAAAGGGAAGAACCUUGCUGUUUUUACCCUUUCUGUAUUUGUGAAUCUUGUGUUGAACCUAUUGCACAAUGUUCUGAUGGAGAAUUUCUCACAGUGGAUCUUAACACCACACACUUCUGUUGUCCUCAGUAUUACUGUGUGUGUGAACCAAAUCUUUGUCCCACGCCACUACUCAACUGUGCAGAAGAUAUGACUCUUGUGAAAGAAAAUGUUUCUGGUCAAUGCUGUCCAGUGUGGCAUUGUGAAUGUAACUGUGAAAAGCUUGUUGUGCCAACCUGUGAAGUGGGAGAAUUUACUGCAAUAGACCUUACCUUUCAGAGUGACUGUGGAUGUGUACAGUAUCUCUGUGAAAAGGAUGAUGUGUGUGUGUUUCAAGACGUAUCGGUGUUAAAUCCUGGACAAUCUAUGAUAAAGUAUUUGGAAGGAGACUUCUGUUAUACAAUAGAGUGUCUGGAAGAAAAAGAUAACCUUACAGGCUUUCACACUUUGAAUUUUACAAUGGUGAAUUGUUCAAAAGAAUGUGAUGUUCACCAGGUAUAUACCCCAUCCACAAGUGAUUAUGAUUGUUGUGGUACCUGCAAAAAUGUAUCCUGCAAAUUUCAAAUGGAAAAUGGAACAUCAGUUAUAUAUGAGGAAGGGAGUACCUGGCACUAUAAUUGUACCACAUAUGAAUGUGUUAAGACUGGUGAAGGGGCAAUGAUUCUGAACUACAGUAUGGUCUGCCCCCCUUUUAAUGAGACUGAAUGCAAAAUGAAUGAAGGAAUUGUAAAGCUUUAUAACGAAGGCUGUUGCAAGAUCUGCAAACGAGAAGAAAAAAUAUGCCAGAAAGUGAUCAUUAAAUCAAUCAUAAGGAAACAGGAUUGUGUAAGCCAAAGUUCUAUCAAUAUUGCUUCUUGUGAUGGAAAAUGCCCAUCAGCUACCAUAUAUAACAUCAAUAUGGAAAGUCACCUCAGAUUUUGCAAGUGUUGUCGUGAAAAUGGAGUGCGAAACAUUUCUGUGCCUCUAUAUUGCUCAGGAAAUGGCACUGAGAUUAUGUACACUCUCCAGGAACCUAUUGACUGUACAUGCCAGUGGAAUUAACACUCCUACAUUCCAAGGACCCUAAACGACUGCAUAAUGUCAAAUAUAAUUCACUUUCAUCACUAUUUAGGCACUUGGCAGAUUAAUAUUGUUUAACUACAAUGUAUUAGGAAGGAUGUUGGGAUAUGACUGUUCAACAGUUGGUACCAAAUACAACUUCAGUGGCAAAAUUAGUUUUAUUGUUUUGCUCUAUUUUAAAGAAUCAACUGAUCCUCAGCUGUUCAGCUAAACUGCUUUUAUACAUUUAAUUGCAACAUGGCACAGAUCUGAAAUAUUCUGUUAGGUUAUUUUUCAGAAUUCCUUCAAUUUCAUUCAUUCAAUAGUUAUCUCAUUUGCAAAGUCUUCCAUAACUAUCCAAGUUAAGAUAUUAUUUAUUCUCUACUAAUUAGUAUGGUAAAUAUAAUUAGUUAAAAUUAGCAUUGAGAUAGCCAAAAAGAAUGCUUAGAGACAGAUUGUAGAAUUACAGGAGUUUGGAUUAUUGAAAAUCUGAAUGGAUAUUGGCAAUAUUAUUGCAGAUUCCCUUCAUCUUACAUAUAUGCCAGAUAACCAGAGAAACUGUGUGACUUACACUGAUGAAUUCAUUGUAAUAAUACAGUGAAUUCAGUUUGAUUAAGUUCCAAGUUUUUUUAAACUCAGUCCUAUCCUUUUUUUAAUCCACAGUAAAGUAUCACAGAAUCUUUCAUCUUAAAGAGUUUGCAUUUGAUAGACUUAACAAUUUGAAGUCCAAUGUGUUUUUUAAAUGCUACUCACACAUUAAUACUUUUUCCAACAACAAGGAUGGGGAAAUAUAACUUCAGUUACCAUUUAAAGGAGGGAGAUCUUGAGGUUUUAUUUUUUAUACUAUUUUAACUGUCAUUGAAGAUGUUGUUACUGUUUAACGGUGAGUUGCUGACUAAUGGACAUCUGAUUUUUUUUAAACUUUUAUUUAAUGAAUAUAAAUUUCCAAAGUACGAUUUAUGGAUUACAAUGGCU